UCAUCGCCCGCUGAUGGUUCCGCCUUGGAAAUGGCCUAAACACAUUCGCCUCCCUCUACAGGCCAAAUGCGCUGCUAUGUUUUGGGCUCGGCUCCGAGAAGGUAGCCGAAUCUGAGCCUCUUUCCCCGGGAGCCUGCGGGAACUCGCGACGGUCUAUUUUGAGGAGAAACGAUGGCCCGUUUCCCGUGGCCGCAGCCGCUGUCCACCGCGCAGCUCAAGCGGCUGGAGGAGCACAAGUACAGCGCCUCGGGUCGCUCCCUGCUGGAGCCGCCGUGUCAGCUCUACUGGAACUGGCUCGUCCAGCAAAUUCCGACCUGGGUCGCCCCGAAUACGCUCACUAUCGUCGGGCUGCUGGUCAACAUCGUCUCCACGCUCCUGCUCGUGUUUUAUUGCCCCGCGGCCACCGAGGAGGCUCCAGCAUGGGCCUUCGUCCUCAGCGCUCUGGGCCUGUUCGUGUACCAGUCUCUGGACGCCAUCGAUGGCAAGCAGGCGCGCAGGACCAACAGCAGUUCGGCCCUCGGCGAGCUCUUCGACCACGGCUGUGACGCAGUCUCCACAGUGUUUGUCGCAGUGGGAACGUGCAUUUCGUGCGGAAUCGGCAGAUACCCCCACUGGAUAUUCUUCUGCGGCUUCAUCGGGAUGUUCAUGUUCUUCUGCGCCCACUGGCAGACGUAUGUGUCAGGAACCCUCCGCUUUGGCCUGGUCGACGUCACAGAGGUGCAGUUUGCCAUUAUCACCAUGUACCUGAUGUCUGCCUUUGGGGGGGUGAGCCUUUGGCAAACCACGUUGCCCAUCAUUGGAUUGAAGCUGUACACCUUCCCCAUCGUGGGCAUCAUCGGCGGGGCCCUCUACUCCUGCCACAACUACUUCCACGUCAUUCUCAACGGGGGCGUCGGUAAAAAUGGCUCCACUGUGGCGGACACCAGCGUGCUGAGUCCCGGGUUGCACAUCGGCCUCAUCCUCACGCUGGCCUUCAUCAUCUUCAAGAAGUCGUCCAGCCAGCUCUUUGAGCACCACCCCUGCCUCUACCUGCUCACCUUUGGCAUGGUCAUCGCCAAGAUCUCCAACAAGCUCGUGGUGGCGCACAUGACAAAGAGUGAGCUUCACCUCCCAGACACGGCGUUCGUCGGUCCGGGUCUGCUCUUCCUCAACCAGUACUUCAACAGCUUUGUCGACGAGUACAUUGUCCUCUGGAUCGCCAUGGUGCUCUCCCUGGUGGACCUAACGGGCUACUGCACGGGCGUGUGCCACCAGAUCGCCGGCCACCUGCGCAUCCACGUCUUCAGCAUCACGGCGCCCGGCCCCGCCCACCGCGACUGACAGCUUGCCCGGCGGGAGGAGGCGGGGGGAGACGCGGACCUCUCCCCGCUCCUGAAAGCAGAUGACGACGACGAUGAGAAGAGAACCUGGACCCCAAGCCUUGACCAAGUGACCACCUCUGCCUAAAAAAAAAAAAAUUUAAACCUUGCCCACCAAAGUAAACGAAUGCUCUAAAACUUAAAAGAACUCAUCUAAGAUACCAAAACGUUUUUUUAAGAUCAUUUUUAUCUGUAAAUGUUUGUCGAAACCAAAUUUUUUGUUUUUGUUUUUUUUAUUUGUCCAAAUGUGACUAAAUGCGAUCAAUAGAUGUAUUAAAUGAGGGCGGGGGGGGGGAGUAAUUUCCAGUGAGGCAUUUUGGUCAGCAGGCUACGUGAAGCUGCGUUUUCAUCUCAUCCUGUUCUGCUUUCUGACUUCUUCUCCCUUAAGGGCUAAUAAUGAAUGUCGUGAUUGUCUACAAUUCAGCUGAAGUCGCCUUAAUUCAUUUUGUUGUGAUUUAAAAAAAAAAAGGAAUACUUCAAACCAAACCAACUUUGUAUGUUUUCCACUGAGAACUGCAGUACAGUGAUCAAGUGUGUGUAGGCAGAUCUGUCAUGGACUUUUCUCAGAUUGAUUUCUUUCUCCUCUGGCUAAACUGAUGUGCUUAUUAUUCAGGUUGAUGGGGAUGAAAGGGAUUUCUUCUUCUUCUGUGGUACCGCUUGACUAUUUUUAGGUUCUGUUUCUUGGAUUGUUCUCUGGAAAAGUAACAUCUGACUUUCGGUUUCUGUGACAAACUAUGCAUUGAAAUGUACAACAGUGAUUUUUCACUGUUCACUAAUGUAACCGUAUGACAAAUUUUUACUAACAAAUGUUUGUGUGGUAAGGGAGGGAGAGUUUGUAAUAAAGAAUAUUUUUCAUGCA